CGUUCUACCAUCAGACCUUCUUUGGAUUUAGUGCAGUGUAUUUCGACCUUGCCAAAAUCUUCGUGGCAAUUUACCAAGCAACAUGGCCUCUCGACUUUUGUUUGUUACCCUUGGUGCCCUUGCAAUCUUAGGAUUUUGUAAUGCUGGAGGACAUGGAGGGGGACACCAUAAAAAAGUGAUAAUCCACAUACCGUACAAAGUGAAACACGUCCACCACACGCACACCGUGUACAAGCACGUCGGCGGUCACGGUGGGGGCGGUCACCAUGACGGCGAGUUCUACAAGGUGAUCGGCUACAGCGGCGGCAUAGACGACGGCGAGGUGGUCUCGCACGGCGGUCACGGAGGCGGUGGUGGGGGCGGUCACGGCGGCGGCGGUCACGGUUGGGAGUCUGGAUUCGGCGGAGGUUUCGGGGGCGGUCAUGCCGCUCCGGCUGUGGAAUCGCACGCCGAGAUUGGGGGCGGGCAUGGAUUUGGCGGCGGACACGAAGGAGGCAUUGGAGGCGGUCACGGUCUCUCGAUCGGGGGCGGCGACCACGGAAUCUCCGUUGGCGGCUCCGGCGGCGGUCACGGGCUCUCUUUACACAGUAACGGCGGCGGCGGCGGUCACGGUCUCUCUCUUGGCGGUUCAGACGGCGGUCACCACGAAUCCGUAGAACACCACGACAUGGGAGGCGGUUACGGGGGCGGUCACGGCGCCGCCCUCGCCAGCGAAGGCGGCCACGAUUUCGGCGGCGCCGUGGAGAGCCACGUCGGCGGUUUCGAGGGCGGUUACGGGGGCGGCGAUGUUGGCGGCGGCUACAACGCCAUUUCCAGCGAAGGUGGACACGAUUUGGGGGGUGGAUACAGUUCGGGAGGAGAUGGGGGCGGGCACGGUUACGAGGCUUACGGGGGCGGCGACGACGCCGGCCACAAAGGUUACGAUUGAGGUUAUGUGAUAUUUUGUUGUUGUUUUUUAAUACCUGCAUUUCUUUCUAAGUCUCCUAGUCUAUUUAUAUCUGUUUUUUACCUAGUGUGUAAGCCUGUAAAGUAUUAUUGUUUUUGUUGACUAUUUUUUUAAUAAAAUAUUUUAAAAUCCUUA